GUUUCCUCAGACUUUAGUUUCCUCAGGGUUUAGUUUCCUCAGGGUUUAGUUUCCUCAGACUUUAGUUUCCUCAGGGUUUAGUUUCCACAGGGUUUAGUUUCCACAGGGUUUAGUUUCCUCAGACUUUAGUUUCCUCAGGGUUUAGUUUCCUCAGACUUUAGUUUCCUCAGGGUUUAGUUUCCACAGGUUUAGUUUCCACAGGUUUAGUUUCCACAGGUUUAGUUUCCACAGGGUUUAGUUUCCACAGGUUUAGUUUCCACAGGUUUAGUUUCCACAGGUUUAGUUUCCACAGGGUUUAGUUUCCACAGGUUUAGUUUCCACAGGGUUUAGUUUCCACAGGGUUUAGUUUCCACAGGUUUAGUUUCCACAGGUUUAGUUUCCACAGGGUUUAGUUUCCACAGGUCAGGGGUCAGGGUGGAUGGGUUUCCUGUCCACCUGCUGCAGCAUCAGGACGCAGCCAUGCUGAGUGAGGCUGCGGCGGUCGGGUUUCCUCGGAGGAGGUGGAGAAAGCAGAGGAGGUGGGCAGAGGGUUGCUGAGUGGGAAUCUGUGGCGAUGCCUCUUACUGGUUUCUCUGGUCAGGCAGUGGGAGGAAGGUUUUCUCAGCUGAUUUCUUCCUGUUUUUGCAUCUUCAUGUGACUCUGACCUGUAAAAGCAGAAGAUUUGAACCAGAUCUGAACGAAGCCGCUGCAGGUCAUGCCGGGCAGCCCAGAGAACAUCCCGCUGGGGGAGUGCGCCCUGUCCCAGUCCCAGGACGGGCUGACGCCCCCCAGCCAGGCGGCCAGCCGGACGGCCAGCACCGUCUUCUCUCUGUCCCGCAGCGAGUCGCUCUGGACCACGGAGCCGCCGCCCAAGAAAUGCGACGUGUUCUGGUUCCCGAUCCACUUCAUGUCCACCGGCGGCAGCUUCCUGGCCUGCGGCGUCAUCAUCAGCGGCCUGUGCUUCGCCGGGCGGUGCUACAAGGCCACCGCCCUGCUGGGGCCGGCCCUGCUGUCCAUAGGGCUGAUGGUGCUGGUGGUGGGGGUGGUGCUCAUCCCCAUCACCAAGAAGAACCGGAAGCGCUCCCACAUGCGGAGGCCCCUCAGCUACUGCAAGCCUCCGGCCAUCAACGUGUGAUGUCAUCGGGGGUUUCCCAGGAACACUGCGGCGUCUUCAGCCUGGAGACGUUUGGGUCCGCGGACCGGCCGGGGAACAGAACCGGCCGGGGAACAGAACCGGCUAGAGUUACACUGUAAAACAUCAACGGAAAUAUUCAAUAUUCCGUCAUAUAGAAUCCCAAAGUCAAUUAUUUAGUCACUAAAUAUGAACAGACUGGAUCUUUAGUUUCAAACUAAAUGCUUACUUUAAUAGAUACAUUUUUAAUAUUUAUUUUGCAAACUAAACAUUCAGUUACAAACUAAAGUGUUGAGUCUGAGCUAAAUAUUUAGCUUGCAAACUAUUUAUCUAAAUAUUAUGUUGCCAAAAUAAAUCUUUAGUUCCAGACUAAAUAUUGAAUUUGAAAGCUAAACAUGUAGCUUGCAAACUAAAUAUUUAGCUUAUUGAUGAAAUAUUUAGUUUAGUGUAUAAAUGUGUGAAAAAUGAAUAUCCACAAAAUAUUGCUGUUAAUGUUUUACAGUGUAACUUUAUGAGCUCUGCUGAGGCUGUUAUUCACACAUUUACAAGGUCUUAGCACAGAUGAGAGCAAAGAGACACUUUAAAUAUUCAUGCAGAGAGAAGUGAAGUUUCAGCCUCAUGAAUAACUAAAAGAGUUUAUAAUUA